GGUCGAGCCUUCAUUGGUGUCUGCCAUACCGUUGCAUGAUUUGGACAAACCUUACUUCUUCAGAGUCGAUGCUUUUCAUGCCCUUCACAAGGGUUUCAUGGGAGACAUUGCAGCAAAUGCACUGGUUUGCUGCUAUGAUCAUGAGUUUUUCGGGGACCUGUCUUUCGAAGACUUCUGUGCUACCUGUUUUUCGGAGUUGAAGGAGUUCUGCGCCAAAGAGUCCAAAACAUUGCAUAUGACCCAGUUGUCCCGACCCCUACUGGGAUUUGGCAGGUCCAGUGACUACCCAACAGCGGGAUGGUUCAAGGGGGCUGACACGGUGUGCAUCUUGGAGUUCCUGGAGUCACGGAUUGGUGGCGAUCUGAUCGCUAUGAGUGAAUCUCGCAAGCCCAUUUUCCUUGAGAUCCAUGCUACAAUUAGUGCAGCCAAUGCAUUCAUGAGGUGCAUGUACAGAGCUGGGCUGUGGCUUUCUCAUGAGGAAAGGGAUUUCCUGCUGAAGGCUGGAACUAGAUGUGUGAAUUCUUUCCUCCGAUGUGCCCUAAGGGCAUUCAAUGCUAGUGCCACGCGAUGGAAAUUCAUGCCGAAAUUUCAUCUUUUUGGCGAAUGGUUAUUCACCAUGGAGAAACAGAAACGCCUUGGGCUACCAAGCCCCAAUUUACUGAUGUUUUCCUGCCAAAUGGACGAGGAUUACGUCGGGCGAAUUGGUUCUAUCUCCCGGACCGUUUCCUUGAGGACUGUACAUACACGUACCCUCACCCGCUACCUGAUUGCCUUGGUGGCGAAUUGGGGGUGA